GUCAUAGUGCAGCCUGUUAAAAGCUCUUUAUGUAAUUCUAGGAUUGAGAAAAAUGAAUCGAUUGAAUAUGAAGCAAUGUCAAGUUAUGGUUUUGAGAACAAGAGUGGGAAAAGAAGUCUGGAUGCAGGCGAUUGCAAAGCUAAGAAAUAUGGUGGUGAUAUUUCUAUUUUGGAUUUGUUUGGUGAUCAAAGAAUGGAAAACGAGCCAGAAGAGACUCCUCUGGAAAGCGAAUGAUGCAAAUCGCCAGUGAAUUGGAGGAAAUGAAGUACGAAUCGUCCAUGGAAAUUACGGAAAAUACCCGCACCAUCAUCUCCUGUGCCUUGGGGAAAGUCUAUGACAACAUGUACUACGACUUAAUUAAAGAACGUUUCAGUGCAAAGAUUGAAGAUUUUAUCCACGAACAAUUGCAAACUCCUGGGAUGGAUAGCAAAGUUCGAGUGGUGGUGGCAGUGACGACGCUACUUCUGGGACCUCUAGAUAUUGGUAGUUCUAUUAUUGGCUAAGAAGGUGUCUUGGAAAUGAUCCUCGUCAUGGCAAACAGUGGUGAAUUCCUCAUGCAGCGUGUCUCUUGUGAGGCUUUGAUCGCCGCCGCUUCUAAAAAAGAUAAAGCCUCUGCCAUCUUGGCUCAAGGCGUUACCAUUCUCAAGAAACUCUAUCAAAUCGGGAACGACAACAUCAAGGUGAGAGCUUUGGUAGGUCUCUGCAAAUUGGGAAGUUGCGGAGGCACCGAUUCGUCGUGGAAGCCGUUCACCGACGGAUCCACCAUGAAGUUGGCCAAAGCUUGUCGAAGAUUUCUGAUUAACCCAGCCAAGGAAAAAGACAUGCGUAAGUGGGCUAUUGAAGGCCUCUCCUACUUGACAUUAGACGCUGAGGUUAAGGAGAAACUCAUCGAGGAUCGUGAAGCUCUUCAGUCGCUAAUUGAAGUGGCCAAGUCUAGAGACAUUUCCGUUAUUUACGGAGUCGUUCCCACAUUGGUGAACCUCUGCAAUGCAUACGAUAAACAAGAAAUCAUCCCAGAGAUGUUGGAAUUGGCGAAAUUCGCUAAACGUCACGUGCCAGAGCAACACGAAUUGGAUGAUCCUGAUUUCGUUCACAAACGAGUCGAUAUUUUGGGCAAGGCAGGUGUCACUGUCGGUUUAGUUUCUCUUUGUAAAACAGAGAGCGAAAAUAGCAAGGAAUUAAUAGCCAGGGUAUUCAACGCUCUUUGUGAACACCAGAAUUUGCGUGCCAUCGUGGUCCAACAAGGUGGUGCCAAGGCUUUAAUCCCAUUGGCCCUUGAAGGAACGACUAAAGGAAAAUACCAAGCAAGCCAGGCAUUGGCCAGGAUCGCUAUCACCAUCAACCCGGAAGUGGCAUUCCCAGGACAGAGAAUGUGCGAAUUGAUCCGGCCGCUCUUAGGUCUCCUUGAUCUCGAAUGCAACGCUAUAGAAAACUUUGAAGCUUUAAUGGCCCUCUGCAAUUUAGCUGGAUUCGAUGCCCCGAGAAAAAGGAUCCUCAAGGAGCAAGGCGUUGCUAAAAUCGAGAAUUACAUGUACGAAAACCACGAAAUGUUGAAAAAAGCAUCGGUUCAAACCAUGAGCAAUUUGCUGUUUAGCGAAGAAGUGGUCAAACUCUUUGAGGGUAAAAACGACCGCACCAAGUAUUUAGUCUUACUUUCCACUUCAGAAGACGUUGAGUUGUCCAAAGCUGCUGCAGGAGCCUUGGCUAUUCUGACGUCAGUCAGUAAACGGGCUUCACGGAAAGUUUUCGAGCCGACAGAGUGGAAAGAAAUCCUUUGCUUUCUACUGAGCAAUACGGACAAAGACGUGCAAUAUCGAGGAGCUGUUAUCGUCAAAAACAUCACCAGUCAUUCGAAAGAGUUGGCCGAAAAGUUGUUGCAACCUGAAGUUAUUAUGGUCCUGGAAGUUCUCACCAAAUUCGAAACACCUGAAAUGGCCAAAAUUUGCGACUGCGCCAAAUCAACCCUGUGUUGCAAUCUACUCGAAUAA